AUGGUGCUCCUUGGCGCGGCCAGAACCGUGCCACCAACCGGAGGCGACGACGUCCACCGGGAAAGGCAGACCGGCGGGAGGCCGCACGUGGAGGGGCCGGUGGUGAACGAAUGGACAUUGGAGCGCGCCGCGCCGGUGGUCGAAAAGGAAACUAAGAAAAGCCCUCGCACCGCCCCUGCCGUCAAGCGAGGCACCCUCCGCUUCCAGUUCGAGGAUCCCGCCAGGCACAAAGGCGUGAACGGUCGCCUGACUCUCAGCAUUCUGAGGCUGCCGAAGGACGCG